UUUGGUUGGGGCAACGCGCCGCCCAUGGCGAACCUGUCCCAGUGCCUGGACGAUGCGCCCCUGCGAGGGUUUCGCAGCUGGGAGCCCAGCCCGGCGCAAGCCUAUAGUGAGGCGCAGCGCCUGGCGCUGGAGGUGCUCGUCGCCUCCGGCCUGCCCGCCUUCCAGGCGUUCCUGCGCGGGGAGAAGAUGCGCGCCUUCCUUUCCGAGCCCGAGAUCCGAGCCAUCCUGCAGGCAGUAGUGCCGCCGCCCGGGGCCGAGGAAGGCUCCGCCGAGCAGACUCUGAACGGCUCUCUGGAUUGCUCCUCGCUCACCUAUUUCCCCCUGCAGUCGGACAUCGAGCCGCCGGUGCUGGAGCUGGGCUGGCCGGCCUUCGUCAGCGGCUCCUACCGAGGGCUCACGCGGGUGGAAACUUACUUCCAGCCCAGCUUUGGAGAGGUCAUCUAUCCCUGCAAGGAGGCGGUACGCAAGCAGAUCCGAUCAGCCCGGGAGGUCAUUGCUAUUGUUAUGGAUUCCUUCACAGAUAUGGACAUCUUCUACGACCUCCAUGAUGCCUGCAGAAAAAGGCUGGUUCCUGUCUACAUCCUUUUGGAUCAAGCCUUUCUUUGUCACUUCAUGGAAAUGUGCAAAAAUCUAGAAUUCUGUCCUGAACAGGAAUAUCUUAUGAGAGUCCGAACAAUUGCUGGGAACACUUAUUAUGCAAGAUCAGGAGCCAAAAUAAUUGGGAGUGUCCAUGAGAAGUUCAUGUUAAUUGAUGGCAUCAAAGUAACUACAGGCUCCUACAGCUUCACGUGGACUGAUGGAAAGCUGAACAGCAGUAACUUGUUGGUGCUCUCAGGCCAAGUAGUUGAACAUUUUGAUCUGGAAUUCCGAAUCCUUUAUGCACAAUCAAAACCUAUUAAUACAAAGUUGCCAUCCAUCUGUAAGAACAGUGGUGUUCUCGAUCACUUGACGAACAGGAGCACCCCAUGUAAAGACUUCACUGUGGGUAACCUUCUGAGAGCAGAAUUUGCCAGGUUGUCAUGCUCUCCCAAAAUGCUUGAGAAAGAAGUAGCUAAAGGAGGUAGGGUGAGUGCGAAACGGCCACACCUUGAUGGUUCUUCCGUUGGCGAAGAAGAGGGCCUUCUAAAUGGUAUUGACACUCCAGAACAACCUAAAGAAAGACAAAGUCAAUCAACACAGACUGAACCCUUUGAAGAGAAGCCCACAGUGACUGUAUUUAACUCUGCCACACAAACCAGUGUUUCAGUAGCAACAGCAGGCACCCAAACCACUGCUCGAUCUAGAAUGGUGGGUACUCAAACAGUAGUUAUGUUCAAGACAGUCAUGACCCAGACGGGAAAGAAUGAAGCUUCAGAAGUGGCCCUCGAUCAGAGGGUACAUGAUCAGACAGUAUGUGUUCAGAGGAUACCCGAUCCAAGAGUGCCUCCUAAAGAAGCAUCUCCAGUUUACAGGAAGUCCACUUCUAAAGAAACAUCUCCAGUUUAUAGGAAGUCCACUUCUAAAGAAGCAUCACCAAUUUACAGGAAGACCACUUCUAAAGAAGCUUCUCCGGUUUACAGGAAGUCCAUGUCCACUUCUUCUAGUUCACGGUCUCUUUCUUCCUUGUCCUCCCAGUGUUCACGGGCAAGUUCUGUUGGCUCAUUAACAUCUCUUAGGUCCCUGGACUACCCUUGUAGCCACCGAGCUGAUUAUUUCCGCAACCUAAAUAAGGAGAGGGAAUUCCACUACUCUGUCAUCCGGUCAAAGCUUAACCACAUGGUUUCUAUGCUCUCUAGAAGGGGGAAUGUGGCUGAAAACUACACAGGCUGCCGCCCAAUGAGGUGCAACCUUAAACCUAGACGGCAGAUCAGCACCAGCCUAAUAAACCUCAGAGAUUUUGCACUGUAUUCAUCAAAUGACUGCUUCUAAGCAAAUGGCAUCAUGAGUGCUGGUAUACACAAAACUGCUUCAGUCACCAACCAUUUUGAACACUUACAAGAAUUUUAAUUUCCGUUUAGAAUAAUCACUUGCAUGGCAGGUGACACAUGGCUUGUGAUACUAAAAUCGCACCAUAGGGUGCAAAUCCACAUAGCUUAUGUUUUGUCUGCACAGUCCUGAGAACUGCAUUUUCUUUGCACUUAAGUUCUUUUAAUUCUGCAGUCUGUGGUACUUUUUAAAAAAAGAUUGAUGUUUUCUGGUGCUUUGUCUUGCUAAGUUUAUGCUUUUCAAGGCACUGAAAUAUUGGUACAUUUUUUUUAAAAAAUCCCACAAGUGCCUCCUAUUUUGUUUGUCUCUCCUGAUAUUUAGGUCCCCUAACAUGAAUUUUAACUAAUUUUAACAUCUUGCACUGUAAUGGAUGGAUUAUUUAGAGAUGGUUACCAAAAGGUGCCGUUCAUACCACUUAAGGACACAGCAUUAAAGAUGUGAUGAGUCCCCAAAUUGUAUCCUAUUGGUUUUUGUCUGUUUCUUCUAGUUGUAUAUGUUAUGUUGAUUAACUCUGUUUGACUUUGAAAAUAAAAUAUU